CCUCGUUCUCCUCCUUCGCGGGGGGCUCUCCUUUCCUCACCCUCCCCCCCUUUCCCCCCCAGCAGAAGGAGCCGCGGCGGCGGCGGCGGCCAUGGCCCUGCGGGGGCCGAGCUAAAGAGCCGGGACGGGGGGCCCAGGAAGGGAGAAGCUGGGCCUUGCGCUUGUUGACCGACCUACCCACCUACCCCCCUCGUCUCUCCCGCUCUCGGCCCGCCUGGCGCGGGGAAAGGAGGGCCUCGCCAAGAGCAGGUCCAUUUUGAAUAUUUGUCGCAGCAAGUACACAAGUAAAAUGGGCGUCAAAACAUUUACCCACAGUUCUCCAGCUCACAGCCAGGAGAUGCUUGGAAAGCUGAACAUGUUACGUAAUGAUGGACAUUUCUGUGACAUCACCAUUCGUGUCCAAGAUAAAAUCUUCAGAGCACACAAGGUAGUCCUGGCAGCCUGCAGUGACUUCUUCCGUUCCAAAUUGGUUGGCCAAGCAGAAGAUGAUAGCCAGAGUGUACUUGACUUGCAUCACGUGACUGUGACUGGCUUUUUGCCUCUUCUGGAAUACGCCUACACCGCAACAUUGUCUAUUAACACUGAAAAUAUUAUUGACGUCUUGGCUGCUGCUAGCUAUAUGCAAAUGUUCAGUGUGGCUAGCACCUGUUCUGAGUUUAUGAAGUCAAGUAUUUUAUGGAACACCCCCAAUAGUCAGCAGGAAAAGGUGCUCGAUACAGGCCAGGAAAACAGCGCAAACUGCAAUUUUACAUCACGGGAUGGCAGUCUUUCCCCAGUUUCCUCAGAAUGCAGCGUGGUAGAAAGAACCAUUCCGGUCUGCAGAGAAUCACGGCGGAAGCGUAAAAGCUAUAUCGUAAUGUCCCCAGAAAGUCCACUUAAAUGUAACACCCAGACAAACUCCCCACAAGUUUUGACUACUUCAGCUUCCUAUGCAGAGAGUAGAAGUCAUCCUGUAGACUCUUCCUUAGCUUUCCCUUGGACUUUCCCUUUUGGAAUUGACCGAAGACUCCAGACAGAAAAAGUGAAACAGGUAGAAAACUCUCGGACUCUAGAAGUGCCUGGUCCAUCUGAAGCGUCUAGAAGAAUUUCUGAUUACAUGACGUGUGAGAGCACAAAAACCAGCUCACCCCUGGUGAUUGAAGAAGAUGUGCGUGUAAAAGUGGAAAGGUUGAGUGAUGAAGAAGUACAUGAGGAAGUAUCUCAGCCUGUUAGUGCAUCCCAAAGUUCUCUGAGUGACCAGCAGACAGUCCCUGGAAGUGAACAAGUUCAGGAGGAUCUUUUGAUCAGUCCGCAGUCAUCUUCUAUAGGUUCAAUAGAUGAAGGUGUCACUGAAGGAUUACCAACGCUCCAAAGCACUUCUGGUGGGAAUAUCCAUGUGGAAGACGAUGACCGACUGGAGAAUGUCCAAUACCCUUACCAGCUCUACAUUGCUCCUACAACCAGUAGCACAGAGAGACCUAGCCCAAAUGGUCCUGACAGACCUUUUCAAUGUCCAACUUGCGGUGUUCGGUUCACCCGUAUUCAGAACUUAAAACAGCACAUGCUCAUCCACUCAGGCAUUAAACCAUUUCAGUGCGACCGCUGUGGGAAAAAGUUCACCCGGGCUUACUCGCUAAAGAUGCAUCGCCUGAAGCACGAAGGUAAACGCUGUUUCCGGUGCCAGAUAUGUAGUGCCACUUUCACUUCCUUCGGGGAAUAUAAACACCACAUGCGGGUUUCCCGGCACAUUAUCCGCAAGCCUCGGAUUUACGAGUGCAAAACAUGUGGCGCCAUGUUCACCAACUCUGGAAAUUUAAUCGUUCAUCUGAGGAGUCUGAACCAUGAAGCGUCAGAGCUAGCAAACUACUUCCAGAGCAGUGACUUCCUAGUACCAGACUACUUAAACCAAGAACAUGAAGAGACUCUUGGCCAGUACGAGCUAGGAGAGCAUGGAUUCGAAAGCAGCUCUUCUGUUCAAAUGCCGGUUAUUUCGCAGGUCUCCUCGACGCAGAAUUGCGAGAGCACUUUCCCACUGGGGCCUCUGGGGGGGCUGUUAGAAAAGGAAGAAGACUUGCCAGAGCAGCCAAAAACCAUCUCAAGCGCCGAGGCCGGCCGAGAGGAGCUCCCAAAGGCCGGGCUCUCGUCUAUCACUAUCGAAUAAGUCAAAAGUUUGGUUUUUGUUUUUGUUUUUUUGUCUUUUUGGAAAGUGCCUGUGUUUUGGUCUUGUACAUUUUAAUUUAAUUUUCAGGAGGGGGGGGCGGAGUGAAUGUACCCCUUUCCAUUUGAUAAGCUAUGCUGUUAAAAAGCUCUAAACUGCAACAAAUGUUACACUAUUCUUCACACCUUAAAACGGUCCCUUGUACGGAAGCAUUUGAAAAUGCAGAGGUGGAAGAGUUGGUCAGAAUAAGGCGGUUAAAUUCGAAGAGCAGCCGAGCACACACCAAGUGUAAAAUUAGGCCUAAUAGCUUUUGGCACUGGUUUGCCACCCUAAUUUCGCAGUACCUCUCACUAAGGAAAAAAGGUAUUGAUGGCUGUUGAAAUUUGUUUUGACUACAGUAUCCAGUUCAAGCAAUUAAAUAACUAGUGUCGUAGAUAUUCGAUUUUUUUUGUUGUUGUUGUUUUGUUCUUUAGUUAGAAGGAAUCACUCUUAUUCUUUCAGUUCUGUAGCAAGCACAUUGUUAAAACCGGAUGAUUCGUUGGCUUUGGCAAAACGGGUGGGGUGGAGUUAUGCUCUCACCUGCGCUGGCCAUGCCUUUCUAGAAUCUUCUCAUGCAAACGGCCUUAUCCAAAAACUUCAUUUUCAGAAGUCGAGCCAUCAAGAAAUCCUGAUUAACAUUGAGCUAAUUGGGAUGCUGGGAAAGUAUAAUGAGAAGUGAGUUUACAAAAGUCAAAAGCGCCUUGGCGCAUUAAAUGUGCUCUUUUCAAGUUACGCCUGAAUGUGUGUGCUAUUUACUGCAAUUUUAUUAGCCUGCAUUUUUUUUUUUUAAGUAAAACGAGCCAUUUAUUUUCCUUUAGAGGCCGAGUUUCAAAUCAGUGAGAGUUGUUUACAAAAGACCUGUUUGCAAUGAUAAAACGUUCCUAUUCUAAAUUGUUUAUAUACCCUUGCCAAGCUGGUUUCGUAAAAGCCAUUUCUCUGACUUCAAGCACAGGUCCAGCAAACAAUCACCAAAUUAUUAUUUUCCCCUAAAAGGAUUCUAAAGGCAACAAAGGGCACUUACAGGCCAGCAAUUUUGGUUUUGUUGCCAGCAUGUUAUUGGUAAGUCUAAAAACGAUGCGUAAUAUUUUAUUCCUCUCUAUUUGGGUUUUUUCAAACCGUCUUUAUUUUUUUUAAGGAUGAGAUUUAUGAGGGGGGCGUAAAUAAUUUGAAUUUCAUGUUAUCAGAUUAAGAAUAUAAUAGAACACGAUAAAUGGGGGAAAUGUUUAAAUAACUGUAAAAGCACUGAUAUUUACACAGUGGUGAAUGACGUUUGUGGGAAGCUUUGAAAGUAAUAGUUUCAAAGAAAUUUCUUUUUUUUUUAAAUUAGCAAAUCCACCAAAUCCGAGGAGACUAUUUCUUGCACUUCUCUGCAACUUCUUAAAGGGCUUGAUAUACUUAUUAACAAAGAUUAAAUUUAAAGUAUUUUAUGAGAUAGAUUUUUUCUUCCAAUGAAUUUUAAUAAAAAAAAAAUUAAGUCACUCUUCCAGAUUGGUAAAUAAAAUGUUUUUAGUAAGGGAUAUUUUCAGGUUGGAAUGUUUCAGAAUAUUUAUUAAGUAAAAUAAAACUCCUAUCAGGAAAGAGGACAUUGGCUACACUAUACAUACAGCGAUUUUACUAAUCUAGUAAUUAUUAAGCUAUUUAUUUUCUUCCAUAUAUGUAGGAUGAAGCUAUUUAAUCACACAUUUCAUUGAAACAGUUGUCUUAACAUCUAAAUUAAAAUACACAAUUUUUUUGGAGAGUGGGGGAAUCACACUGACAUAUUAACUGAGUUCUAAGCAAAAUAGAUGAAUGUAAAAUAAAUACAAUAAAUACUAAGAAAGUUUUGCGAAUUGGUUACCUCAGAUCUCAACAGAAUAGGAAGCAAAUCAGUUUAAUAUAAUAGACUUUACAAACAGUCCUGCAAGAAUUGUGAGGUUAUCUAACCUUGAUCCACAGAGACAUUUUUUGACCUACACAGUGUAUUUUUACCGCCGAUGAGAUCAGUAAUGGGGAGCAAUUUGCUAGAGCAGGUUGUAUAUUUAGUAUAUGCUCAGGCACAUGAUGUAUAUUUAAAAUACAUUUCAAAAAAAUUGAGUGCUUUUUGAAAAUAACACCAAAACACCUUCCUGAUAUGUAAAAGGUACAUUUUACCUUACAGAAAAGUAAACAUUUGUGUAAUUCCUGUCCUACCAUGUUAUGUCAUAGCACACACAAAAACUCCAUAUCCUGAUAAUAUUUUUCAGGAUUUAAAAAAGCUCCGAUCCAACUGGGGAUUCGUUCACUUUUCUCUCGCCCUCAAAGUGAAACCUUUCCUCACAUAAGUUUUUUCCGAUCUGCGGAGCUACUUGUCGUUGAACAAAGUCAUCUUUUCAGGUUUUCCUCCCUUUGACUCGACAUGUGAAGAAGGUAGCCAGGAUGACAGGCAUGCUUUAGUGAGCAGCAGUCAAAGUGAAGCAUGCAACAAGGAAAGUAUUCAGAGUCUAAAAGCAGAAGGGUAUCAAGUCUUCAGCAAUGCACACGUUUAACUUGAAAAUAUAAACCCUGCCCAAUAUGCACAGCCUAUUUUAAGUAAGCAGUGUGGCAAACUGUUCCCAACUCACAGAGCACCCAUGGGAGUCUUGUUUAGAUCCUGAACUUUUGGAUCCUGGCCAGCAGUGGCAGCAAAAUUAUGUUCCUCUCCUUAGCAGCAGUUUAUGUCAAUUUAUGAUGGGUGAUUUCCCCCCUUCCGUUCUGAUUUGAAUUUUCAAGGAGAACCUUCGCAUCCCGUCAAGAUAUUGCUACUGUCUUCCUUGUAGAGAAAGAUUCAUAUAACAGCUUCCAAAUGGCCCAGUAGUGAACUUAAAAAGCUCUCUCUAGAUUUUCACGAAAUAGAACUUGUCUCGAUUUAAGCUUCCUUUUUGCAAGAUACUAAAGAGGGGGGGGGGUUCUAUUUGUGGACGGUGCCUGUCAGUAACAGGUAAUUUACUAGUAAAACAGGUUAGUAUCCGUUACUUAGGCGACACGGUCUGUUAAAUUUGCUAAGAUAUAUGCUUGACUAUUCAGGUAUCUGUAGUAUGGUGUUCCCAGAGUCAAAACGUAUGCAAUUCAGGCUUUUUUGUACCAAUGAAUUGGGAGAAAGGCUUAUAUUCCCAUGGAAAGGAUCUGUUCCCAAGUUCAGUUUGGAAAGAGAGAGAUUAUUUAGUCCUUAUUUUCUGACCUCCCAUGAGACACAAGGAGGAUAGAAAAGCAUGUGCUCAUGACAGACAAUUCCAUAUUUUCUUCAAGCUGUUAUAAAAUAUCCAGUUUUGGAUUGCAGAUAUUCUAUCACCAGCUUCUUAUAACUAAUUUUUUUUUUAAUCUCUUUCUUCAGACCGACCAAUUUUAUGCUCCCAGUUCUAAUGCAAAUGCAACAGUUCAUGUCUUUAAGAAUAGUUCUAGUUUUGGCACUUACCAUUUGUCUGGAAAGUGUAAAUGUGAAUCUCUUUUUUUUUUUUUAAAGUAACCAGUGCCGGUGUAGCAAAAUAUAUAAAUAUAUAUAUUAUAUUUUAUAAAACUAUAGUCCCUAGGCCCCAGGUCCCCCAAAGAGAUUAAAAUUGUAUUUUUUUAAUAAUGCAAAAUUUUUGAAUAAUGGCGUUGGCCUGUUUGUUUGCUUUUCUUUUGUGGGGAGAGGGUUACUAAUUUUUUUCUCACCAGCCUAAAGGUGGCAGAGGGCUAAAUCUGAAUCCUGACCACAUGGCAACCAGGGGUUUUUGGAUAGCAUUAAAUGCAAACAAACUUUUUUUCCUUUCUUGCUUGCUGCUUUUCCGCAGACAACAAGGCUUACUUUUCUGAUUUUAAUAAAGGCGAAGUGAAAUAUUGUUCAGUCACUGAUCUCAGAGCAGGUUAAAAAAAAAAAUAAUAUUCCUGCUUAGGUCCUACCAUACUUUGCAAGUUAUCGUUUGGCUGCCAAGUAGGCGGGCUGAUCAACAGAAUGCAAUUGGUAUUGUUAAAAGAUGCUAUUGUUUUUUAAGAUGCAAAAAUGCGCCAUUUUUAAAGUUGGCUCUUUUUCUUUAUUGUAUCAACAUAUUCCAGCUGCUUUUUCUGGAGUGUUUGGGGAAAUGGAUGGCACUGUUGUUUCAUUUAAUAUAUAAUGCUGCAUGUUGCUGGUUUAUUCUAACUACAGCCCUAGAGAGUGUAUUUCCUGGCCCAACAUCUGCAGACCUGUCUUGUCUCUGGGCUGUUACAAAAACUAAAGGGAAGGAGAUAAAGUUGUCGUUAGAAGAGUGAAUCAAUUCCUAAAGGGCCAUUCUGGCAUAUAACUUUACCUACCUUCCCCUUUAACUGUGCCAGUCCUUGGUCACCAGUCACAUCUCAUUCAAAAAAAAAAUUUCUUCCGCUGUCUGUGCUGACCGUAGCUAAGCUUUUUAGCAUGUUGAUUGACUUAAUGGGAAGACAAAUGUUUUGGGUUUUUUUUUAAUGUUGAAAUACACUUUACAUUUUAUAUACUAUAUCUGGCUAUUAGUAUUUUUAAGGAACCCAUAGUUCUUGGUGGCUAUAUAUACAUAUAUAUAUAUAUAUUUUUGUGACUUUUUGUAAACUAAAGUGCCGUUUCACUGUUACAAUCAUUUUUAGAGUUCUUGUAAUCAAUGUGAAUAUCAUGGUUUUUUCAAGAUUUGUUCUGAGCCUGUAGUGUUUGCUUUUGUGAUUCUCUGUGUAAUGUAUAUAUUAUGUAUAGUUACCUUGUACUGAAAUAUUAGCUUGUUUGAUAUAAGAUGAAUAUGUAUUGGGUACCUUUUUUUGCUAGCCUGGUUGUUUAAACUUUAAAAAAAAGCCUUCAAAAUUUUAAAAAAGCGAUCCCAUUAUAAGACAAAAAUUGAGCAGAAAGAAAAACUAGUUUUGAGUGUCUUUGGAUAGAAACACAAUGCUAAAAUUUUUCAUUAAAACAUUAAUGUUUUACGGAGUAAA